AUGGGGAGAAUAGGUGACGGUGAUGUCCAUGCUGCCUAUGUCGAGUUCCGCGCAAAAGAAUCUGACAAGUGUCUCUCCGCACAAUGCAUCUACUGCCAAUCUGUUCGCGCAAAAAAUACCUCCCGUCAGCGUCAACACUUGCUCGAGUGUCCCAAUUAUCUUAGUGCUAUGAAAGAGCAUAAUCCUGACAACCCAAUCCUCCACGAAUCCAUCAACGGCACUCCUACCGUCACUCCCUCCGCCAAACCGAAGAAGCGUGAUCACGACACCAUGAUCGGCUUCCAAGGCGACUCCUCUGCCUCGCGCUCCUUUCCCAUCCCCAAACCUGUUCUCGAGCGCGAUUUCCAGAUGAGUGUCCAGCUGAACCCGAAGAUCAGUGUUGGACCUGGCAUUUGGGGACAACGGAACUGGGUUGGCUACAUCUCCGGUCACUGGAAUGGUCGUUGGGGGAAAGGCACGGUUGUGCCAGGCGGACAAGACAAACAACUCGUCGCACCCGACCUCUCCACCCACCUCGACUCUAGCUACCUCCUUCAAACCCAUGACCACCCUCCUGCAUACAUCUCGGUUAGAAAUGAAGGAUGGCGUGUCGGGCCUAGGGAGACCUUGGAGAAGCUGGAUGACCCGGCUCAGGCAGAUGAAGUCGACCCCAAGACCUACUCUUUCAGACUCUACAUCCACAUGGAGACUGGCGACUCGAGGUACUUGCACUUGAACACCGGCAUGUGGAUUGGGAGUGGAAUCCGUCGCGGCACUGAAGUCAUCUACGAUGCUUACCGCGUCAUCUGA